GUUGAAGAAUGCCGGCCGGGACGUUGAACACCGGCCCGUCCGAUGUCUGGGGUUCGAUUGACGGCGGGACGCCUCUUUCUCUCACUGGGGGCUCUCACGCCAACUCCACCGUCAGUGACGUAUGCAUCACGUGCUCGCCUCUUCCCUCUCUACGCCCGCCGUAUUUUGCUUCCCUCCAUUGGCUGCUCUCAUACUGGAACCACUCGAAAUCAAACCAGGCCGAACCGAAGAAAGGUCGCUGGCGCGAGCCGCCGAGCUUCAGGCGUCUUGACAACCGGCAGAUGGACGGAGCAGCUUCCACCUUGAAGUUGCCAUCAAUGAGGCGCAGACCUGCUGUCGGCGUGCUGGUGCCACUGAGCUGCUACCGUUGAAAAAAACUUUUAUUUUAUGUGUGUUUUGUUUGCCACAGCGACGUGCGCCGACAACGUGAGGCCACGAUGAAGGUACCGAGUGGCCGUAUGGACGUUCUGUGCGCAUUCCCUCCCUCCACGCCCAGCCUAUAGGCUGCCAGCAAGCACCCAUCCUCCCGAUCACACCCCACUCGCAAUUAUUUGAGUGACGCUCCCCACCGUGCGGCCACACCAUGGCCAGCAAGAGGAAGUCCACGAUACCCUGCAUGAUCCCCAGCAAGAUCAUACAGCACUUUAAGGACGUUGACGUGGACAUUCCGGUUCUUCAGCGGCAAACCACACUUUCUGGAAGUAGCACCAGGCUCAGCCCGCCGGAACUCACGGACUCUCCCAAAUUCGAGGCAGCAGACCCAGCCAUAGAGGAUGCAGGGACCUACAUCUGCAAGCCUUGCAACUUUGAAACCUAUGACCUUAAUUUGUUCUUAGACCACGUGUACGCCGGACACCCGGAAUUCCGUUCGGACCCGAGCUUCCUCUGUGUGAACUGUGGCUUUUCGGCGCUUAAGUUUGAAGGCCUGGCCCUUCAUAAUGCCAGGAUUCACCCGAGCACCUUUAAUUGCCCUCUGCAGCUGAGAAGGAGGGAUCGGAGGGCGGUGGUGGAGCAGACAUUAGUCACCGGGUCAGAUGAAGGCAAAGAUAAUGAGAUUUCCAUCACCAAAACCCCAAUCAUGAAGAUGCUGAAAGGCAAAUCUGAGCUCAAGCGAAUUGUAAUGUCCCAGCCUUCCUCAGAUACGCACUCCUCAUCUGGCUCCAAGGAGCCAGAGAAAAAGGAGCCCGUUGCAGUCAGCCAAGUCGCUCAUGUCCCCACGGUUGUCCACAAUGGACCAACCAAGGUGACACUACCCUCAGCGAUUCAGAUCGUCAAUGGGUCUGGAACUUUACCGGUCCUUAAGACCCCCAUCACACAGGUGGUCUCUGUUCACAACAAAAGCCUGCACCAGUCGUCUCCAACUGCAGUUUCCACUGACGCCUCAUCUUCCAAGAAUCUUCCCAAAGUGAUGAUUCCGUUGAGCAGCAUCCCCACCUAUAAUGCCUCCAUGGACUCCUCCUCCUUUUUGAAGACCUCCUUCAGCAAAUUCCCCUAUCCCACAAAGGCUGAGCUCUGCUACCUGACCGUGGUCACCAAGUUCCCAGAAGAGCAGAUCAAGAUCUGGUUCACGGCGCAGCGACUCAAACAAGGCAUCAGCUGGUCUCCCGAGGAGAUUGAGGAGGCCAGGAGGAAACUGUUCAACACCGUCAUCCAAACCGCAUCCACUCGUGCACACAACCAGCCCCCGAGUCCGGCGGCGCACACAAUCACAGUUCUGGGGGCCACUGGGAUCCCUCAAAUACUGCAGGGCUCUCUUGUUAGUCCGGGGGGCGUCAUCGUCACGCAGCCCGUGAUGGCCAACGGUACCCCCGUGGCACUGGCCGUAACACCCAAGCCCCAGACGGCGGCCCGGCCCGCGAUGCAGGCCCGACCCGCCGCGGCCCUGGUGGCCGACAAGUGUACCGGCAUGAUGGGGUCAGUGGGCAGCAGCAGUAGCGGGAGCAACGUCAUUGGAAGCAGUAAGAGUAGUCGGAGUGGAGGAGGGGCCACGAGCAACGUCAUGAGUAGCACCAGUCAAGCGAGCGUCAUUAAUCUCACUCAGGGUUGCAAUACAAAGGUGAGUGGCGCCAAUGUGAAAUACCCCAGCGGUACCCAGGGCAAGAGUAAAAGUGACGUCGGUAAAAGUGCAAAUGCCCCCAGAGUCAGUGCGGACAGCAAGCCUUCGAAUGGCAGCAACAGCAGCACGACGGACAGUAGCGGCGGCAACAAAAACGAUGCCUCGAGCGUCAGUGCGGACGACGCCGACCUGAGCGCGAGCAACUCCUUCAAAAUGGACGAAGCAUCCUCGCCUUCCUCCAAAUCCUCGUCUCCGUCUCCCGUAGCUGGCGGCUCCCUGAGCUCCCGUGGCAUCAACGUGUUCCUAGACCCCGGCUUUUGCAAGGGCAAGAAGUCCCAGGAGCAGCUCGGCACGCUCAAGGACAGUUUUCUGAGCAACGCCUACCCCGACCAGGAGGAGGUGGACCGCCUCAUCUCGCUGACGGGACUCACAGUGCGCGAAGUCCGCAAGUGGUUCAGCGAUCGACGCUACCACCUCCGCAACCUCAAGGGCCCGCGCUCAGGCCCAGGUGCCCCACACAAGGCGUCGGUAGGCGGCGGCAACGAGGGCAGCCCCGGGCCCAUCGACCUUUCCGAAAACAGCAGCGGCGCCAGAACGCCACAGCACGGUUGCGCUCCUCUGAGCCCGACGUCAACGCACACUCCGACAUCUCCCUCGACGCCCUCACGCAGGCUGCCCAGAUCGCCUUCUCCUGACUUCACAGUUGUCCGCUACAAGGAGAGGGAACCCCACCAGAUUAAAGCGCUGGAGGCCAGCUUCACUCAGGCCGCCGAACCGACAGGAGAAGAAGUGGACCGUCUGCGAAGUGAGACCAAGAUGACCAGAAGGGAGAUUCACAACUGGUUCACCGAGAGGAGGAAGAAAGCAGCGGCGGCCGAAAGACGGAAAGAGGAGGCGGGGCGAGCAUCGGGCAGCGGGACAGAAGCUGACGGCGAGGAGGGACAAAAUGACGACGCUUCCGGCGAACUCAAAGUCAACCCAAUUAAGAUCAAUCUAAAGAUGCUGAAGGUCACCGAGGCCAAUGGCAAACUGGAGGAUGAGCCAGCGGACAGCCUGGGUGGGAGCGCCCAAUCCGGCGCGUCUACGAACCUUGCGGCGAUGCCCGGCGGCAAAGCGGCCGUUCUGCGAGGCAAAAAGACGGCGGAGCAGCUGCACCUGCUCAAGCGAGUGUACGCGAGAACACAGUGGCCCAGCGCCGCUCAGUACGACGAGCUCAUCUCGGGCACGGGGCUGCCCCGGCCCGACGUGGUGCGCUGGUUCGGGGACUGUCGCUACAUGCAAAAGAACAGCCAGCUCAAGUGGUUGGAAGCGUACCAGAACACGGCCUUGGACGAGGAUCUCCACCAGGACAACGAGCGCUUCCUCCAGGCGCACCUCGACAGCCGUGGCGGUCAGGAAGAGUCGCAGUUACAGGAACUGGCAAAGGUGACUGGUUUGACAACCGAUCUGGUGAGAUACUGGUUCGCCACCAGGGCAGCUGCAGCUCGACCAGAGCAAGUGUCUGCGCUGAAACCUGCAGCAGGCGCAGCAGUAGCUGAGCCGCCGCCGCCACCAGGCUCCUCCCCCGUGGAGCCGCACCCGAGAGGAAGUAAUGAGAAAAUAGAGCAGUCGCUGUGCGGCCAAGCAGGCGAGAGAGACACUCACAACACUACUCAAGAAGCAGAUUGACAAACGCCAUGGGAAAGGGCCUUGAAACUGUACCUCCCCCUUCUCGUUGAGUGGAUGUGACUUUGGACAAUUGCCAUCUUGCACUAACUCCCUCUGGACUGUGGCAGCUGACACGGCAGUGCAAGUUGGACUCUUCAUAGCGUCUAAAUGACAAAUGAAGCACUAAAGUUGUUUUUUUCCCGAUUUUGUCCAUUUAGUUGUACAUUGUGUAAAAACAAAGGAUGUGAUGCAUUCAUCCUCAGAACACAACAGCAAAAUAACUGAUAGAUGGAAUUUUGAAAGCGCUCCUUGACGUCCUCGACGUGUAUGAACAUUUUUACCGAGUGCAUACAUUUGACUGUAAAACCGAACUUACUGGGGUUCCCUAAUUAGGUAAAAUGUAUCAUUUUUACAAGUGUAUUUACAGAAUAAACUGUAUUUCAUGAAA